AUGCGAUUUUUGAUUCUUUUUUCUACAUUUAUAUUGGUUAAAUCCGCCCCACACAGUUUGGAAGAAGAAGAGUUACCGUUUAGUACAGAUAACUUUCCAACACUUCUGGAUGAAGCGAAUUCAAGUUCGGAAGAAGAAAAAGAUGAAUUGGCCAUCAGUUAUUCCGACCAAGCUGACGUUUUAAAGAAGCGUAUGAAAAUGAAGAGUAUGUUCAAUACAAAUGGUCCUCCAGCAAUUGGAACCGAUUUAUUCUCAAAUGCAGCAGUUGAAGAAAAUGUGAAAAAACUAUCUUACGAGGGAUCUGGUGAAGGUGUGGAUGAGAAUGAACCGUCCACAACCAUUGAUUAUUUCAAUAUCGGAAAUAGCUCUGCUGUUGAAGACGCUGUUGUUGAGUCAUCGUCUAAUUCAAGCACGUUAUACGACCAGAACACAAGUGACGCUCAAGUGGAAACAGUAUCCGACACGCUCUAUCAGAAGACAGAAGCUGAAGUCAAUGCCAUCCUGCAUACAAGUGAAUCCAAAUAUGGUGGAGAAAAAGAAGAUGAGGCAGUUGAGGAAGGUACCAAGAUGACAACUGUUUUGGAUGUUCAAGACUAUUCUGGAAACGAUACCGAUUCAAAAGUGGUGUGUGCUGCUCCUCCAGUCUGUGGAAAAAACUGCUUUGUUACUAUAAAUGACAAGGGGUGUCAAGAUUGUCAAUGCUUAUGGAUAGCUCAAGACUGUGAAAUUGACAAAGAUUGCACCGAAAAGAAUCAAUACUGUGAUCUGGGAAAAUGCAAUUGCCAACCUGGGUACCAGCAGAAUAUGAGAAAAUCUGGAGUCUGUGAAGUGGAAUCAGACUCUGAACAAGGUCUUAUACCUCCACCAGGUAGUACAAACAGUCGCGAAGUUGAAGAAAAUGAAAUAACCAAGAAAAAUUUGAAAAGGAACAAACGGUCUUCAAAACCUCGAUUAUCGGAACGACUUGAGUGGCCAGGUGUUUGUGAUAAGAAUGAACAGUGUCCAGACAAUUUAGUAUGUAUUCAUGGAGAUUGUUGGAGCAUUCCUGAAAAAAUUCGACGAUCAGAUGACCCUCCGAGAACUGGUAAUGUGAUCAUAUCAAGAAACACAGAUGAGGAAGAUGAAUCAAGAAGCGUGUCUUUUGAUACUGAUCAGAUAAUGGAACCAACAACACAAAGUACACUACCAAUUCCGUCCGAACCAAUUAUUAUAACAGCUACAGAAGCUUCUAAAAGAGGAAUGGCAAGGUUUGUGUCUGAAGAUUUUGCCAAACAGCUUCAAAGAACGACUGCCAAGGUCAAAAAGUAUGAUUGGUUCCCUCCGACAACUACUUCAACGGCACCAACCACUCAAUUUUCGAUGACCACCAGACCUGUUCCCACCGCUCCACCACUUACAGUAGACCAGUUUUUCAUUAUUGAAACCACCGUGUCCCCAUCUCCAAUACCACCUACACCGAGAAAAAUUGAGGAUGAUCACAAAAUGGAGUAUAUGAAAGAGAGAAAACCAAAUUUUCUGGGGGUGAAGGAGGAAGUACAAGAAUUGGAGUACCCCGUGUCGUCACAAUCUCAUAUCAAAAAGAUACAUUUAGAAAUGCCACCAUCCCUACUCCCACACCGCCGAAAACCGAAAAAGAUGAAAACAACAACAGCCACUCCAGAUGAUGCUUCAGAAGUGGAGGAAAUGAAGUUAUUCUAUUUGAUCUUCGUUAUUUCAAUCCUUGUUCUUUUCAGCAGUGUUGACGAGAUUGAAUUCCCGAUUUCAUCAAAAAUCAAGAACGGUUUCAAGAAGCCACGUGCUUUGAGCGCCGAACCAACACGAGAGGAAUUAAAAGAUCACAAGAGUUUAGUUGAUCUUUUCAAUUCACACGCGGCUAGAGGUUUCGAAAAAAACACUGAUGACGUAAAACCUAGCUUUCAAAUCUUACAAAGCUUCACCAGCUCAAGUCCAGAGCCCACUCCGGAAAUUCAGGUUUCUUUAGCAAGCGAAGGAUUUGGAAAACAGUUUUCACCGAUACCUGAUUUACCGAACGAAGGCAAAAUCAUAACUGAAAGAAAGCCAUGGAUGAUUCAACAAGGAAAAAUAUAUAAUAUCCCUCCAUUGAGUAAUAUAAGUGAGGAUAUGGCAUCAGAUGAUCCGCCAGAGGUUACUCCGGAGCCUGCACCAUUCCAGCAACACCAAAUGGGGGUAUGGUAUCCAAUGAAGAAAGGAGAUAUCCCACAUUUAGGUAUUUUCAGUGGAGAAUUUAGACGAUCCCCAGUAAAUAAAAUCAGAACGACCGAUGAUUUCCGGUUAUACAACGAGUACACAAAAGCUAACCGUUUUAAUAGACCUAUCCGAAUAGAAAUGGACAAUGCUGGUGAUCAUAUGCGGAAUGAAUGCCGGGACGAUAGGAAUUGUGGUAAUCAAACCGUAUGCUGCACCAAAAGAUGGUGCGAUAGGACUAAUAAUUGUGGACUCGGGAAGUUUUGUUUGACAAGUUGCGCAUCCAGCAAAUUGACAUUCCUACCAUCUUCAAAUCACGCAGAAAGUGUUAUCGAUAUUAUGUACGAUUAG